CUUUUCGACGUUGGCGCUACUGCAACAAGAUGCCACCGGCUCGGGGGAGCAGCCGCCACGGCUCGAAUACCAUCCUCAAAGCGGCGUCCGAGCCUUCCGAUUCCAUCAAAACGCGAACCAUCGAUGUUCCUUCCACACCUCCUCCCCAGCACGACCGGCCUCCAUCCCCGUCGCCGCCGCCGCGACACCUCAUGGAGCUGUUCCCGCCUCUCCCUGGCGCCAUAUACGUGCACUGCCUUCAACGCCACGCCUACUUGGUCGAGACACUGUCUCAGCCAAGCUGUGUCCACAGCAUCCUCGAGACAAACCGACACCAAGUGCUGGCCCACGUCGUGAUGGAGAUCCUGGACGCAUCGUCGUCGGACAUCGCGAUCGCAUCCUUGACGCUGCCUCCAACCCUGCGCUUCGUGCUGCAGUUGCUCAUCCUUCACGAGCAACGCGUGUGGCCCAAUGAAACGCCAACGCCAGACCUUGUCGUGGGGCUGUGUGGCAUCCUCGUGUUGCUGUGGCGGGUCACCGCCCGCGUCGAUGCGUUGCUGGCACACGUCGACACGACUAACGGCGUGGAAGAAGCGUUGCCAUUGGACGAAAUCAAUGCCAACCUCAAGCUGCGGCUGGCGCUGUUAACGGAAGAGUGGGCUCAUGCCAUCGGCGUCGUUGUUCGGGACUCGUUUCAUGCUGUGGUUGCCGAAAAGGCCAUCAUGGGGAAUGGCGGAACUCCUCUGACGAAUUCCAACCAUGCGGCGUUUAUGACCAAGUUGCUGCAAGAGUUGCUGCGACCGAUGGGCAACUUUCUGCUCACCGUCGACGACGACAACGCCAGGCGAUACGUUCUGACGCAGUUGUUGGACAAGACCAUCGACACCACCAUCGAGGAAGUGGUGGCGUCCGUGGCUCGCGUGACCGAGGCCGACCGGCGGCAACUGCAAGCCAACAUCGACCAUCUCAAGGCCUGGAUCGACGCCACCUGCGACAGGUUGUCCACUUUGCCGUCCGUGAAGCGGUUGGACCGGCUUAACCAAGAGUGGAACAUCCUCGGCAUUGACAACCGCCGGAGACGCUCGAGCUUUGACAUCAUCAUGGACACGUUGACGUCGGACACGAUGGCCAGGUUUUAUCGCGGUAAGCAACAUCAGCAGCAUUCGGUAGCGUCGAUGCGCCGCAUGAGCUCCAAGAUGGUGCAGACACCCACCGGUAAAAAGUAAUUCUUCGUACUGUAGUAUGUAGUACUACUACGGGUAAUUGCUAAAACGGUCUAUUAUUAGAGGUGUUUAGCAAGUAAAUAUAUACUUGAAGUACUAAAAAAUGUACUACGUACAUAUUUAAUGCAACACUUUGC